AUGGCGUCAGACUCGCUGCUGGCGUCGAUUCUGAUGAUUUUUGUGUCUGAAAUUGGCGACAAGACAUUCCUUAUUGCGGCAAUUCUGGCAAUGAGCAAUCCGCGGUUGACGGUGUUUUUGGCGGCCUGCUCGGCGCUCUGGCUGAUGUCAGUGCUGUCGGCGUUCCUGGGCCACACGGUGGUGACGUUUGUGCCCAUGUCGUGGGUGUCGCUGAUGGCUGCCGUCAUGUUCUUGGUGUUCGGCGUCAAGCUGCUGCGCGAGGCGGGCGAGAUGGACGGCAGCGAGAUCCACAAGGAGAUGGAGGAGGUUGAGGCCGAGCUCAACGAGAAGGACACCAAGGCGUCGCAGAUGGCCAUGGAGGCCGGUGAGUCCGGCAGCGAGAAGAAGGCUGACGAUUCGUUCAACACCUCUGGCGUGCUCGAGUCGCUCAAGAACCUGCUGAGCCUGCUGCUGUCGCCGCUGUUUGUCGAGACGUUUGUGCUGGUAUUCUUGGCCGAGUGGGGAGACCGGUCGCAGCUGGCGACGAUUGCGCUCGGCGCGGCCAAGAACGUGUAUGCGGUGAGCAUUGGCACGAUUCUGGGCCACACGUGCUGCACGGGGCUGGCUGUGGUCGGUGGGCAGCUGCUGGCGUCGCGGAUAUCGGUCAAGAAGAUCACGUAUGCUGGAGGCGUCCUGUUCAUCAUCUUUGCUGGCCUCUAUGGCUACGAGGCGUAUCACCCCGACAGCGCCAUUGCCAUGUAG